AGGGUUUUUUUAUUGGAUAAAGUAGGGUAAAGAAGAAUUUGUAGGAAUUGUUUAAAGUAAUGAAGUUAUAUCGGCGUGUUUUUUAUAUAAAUUGUGAAGGAGUGUAGGAUAUUAGACCUAUGAUCAGGUCCACAUUCUGGAACAGAGGGGGCGGUAAUGCUCCAUUAAGCUGGAUGCCAACCACCGGUAAAAGAAGAAGAAGAGCCGGCGCUUCUCCUGAAUCUGAUUUAUUGCAACCACAUCUGAAGAAUAAGGAUUUGAGUCUCUCUCACUUUGCUACACUGUGUCAAUUCUCAGAUGACAGCAACAUCAAAUCACAUCAUGUGAGGAAUGCAGAAAGUGAAAUGAGCGCCGUCAGUCAAAUCCAUUCCACUAGAAGAAUGAUGCUGGGGGAAAAUGAAUCUGAAGAGGAACGUCCUGCUACACCCACAACUACUUUUAAGUUAUUGAGGUCCAAUCUGUGCCCAAAAUGUGGCAAGAGCUUCAAAAGAAAAUCUGACCUCAGAGCCCACGAGAAGGUGCACAUCUUAUCAAAGCCGCACCAGUGCCUCACUUGUGAAAAGAGUUAUGGUCGUAAAGCUGAGCUCACAUUACACAUGCGUCUGCACACAGGUGAGAAGCUGUUUAACUGCCCUCACUGUGAGAAAAAGUUCACCAAAGAGAGGUGUUUGAAGUCCCACUUAAGGAGCCACACAGGGGAAAAGCCGUUCUCUUGUUCUCAAUGUGGGAAAAGUUUUUCUCAAAAAAGUGCCCUAAAAAAUCACCUGCGGCUGCAUGCAGGAAAUCUGCCUCAUCAGUGUGAUCAUUGUGGGAAGCUUUUUAACAGUGCGGGUGCUAUGAGGAUCCACAAGUUGUCCCACACCGGUGAGCAGCGUUUUUCAUGUCCACACUGUGACAAAAAGUUUAUAACAAAGGAAGAGCUGAAGACUCACCUGUAUAGCCAUUCUGGGAUCAAACCUUUCAGCUGUUCAGUGUGUGGGAAGAGUUUCGUAACGAAGCAGUUACUUAACACUCAUCAGGUUGUUCACAAGGACGACCGUCCCUUUCACUGCACACAGUGCGAGAAAAGCUUUAAAAGGAUGACCCAUCUAACAACACACCUAAAGACCCACAGCUCUGACACCCCUUACAAGUGCACCUACUGCAGCAAAUCAUUCAAACUUCCCUUCAACCUAAAACUGCACGAGCGUAUUCACACUGGAGAGAAGCCUUACAGCUGUGAGCAGUGUGGCAAAAGCUUUCGUUUAUCAGCUGAUUGCACCAAACACCAGGCUGUACAUUCAGAGGAAAAACGGUACAAGUGCUCAAUCUGUGAUAAGAAGUUUAGCUUUAGAAGUUCACUGAAGAACCACCAAGUCAUUCACUCUGAGGACAAACCUUACCAAUGUGAGAAGUGCGGAAAGAGCUUUAACCAAAAAUCCUUCAAAUGUCAUCAAGCUGUUCAUGCAGCGAUUAAAGUCUACAAAUGCUCUGAGUGUGGAAAAUGUCUGAGCUCGGCAAAUAGCUUGAAGUUGCACAUGGAGCAACACUUUGAAAAGAAAAUGUAUCACUGCGGUGAGUGUGAGAAGAGUUUUAGAUCAGUGUCAUACCUGAGGAAGCACCAGAAGAUGGUGCACAUUGAUGAGAAGCUGUAAAUAAUACCAAAGGGAUACUGGUGGGCUGCAACAUUCAGGAGAGAAGGAGCAUAUUUGCUCCCAUUGCGGGAAGGUAUAGAUGUAGAGAGAGGAUCAGUUGGCAUGAGAUGAUUCACUCACGAUUCAUAAGAGAGACCUCAAUGAUACUCAGUUUGGUAAAGAAUUUAUUAAGAGCCACCAUCUAAAACAUCAAAAAAUAAAUGGUGAGUGGAGAUAAUAUUUAGCAUUAUGUUUGUUUAUUGUUUUUCUAUUAAAAAUGUCAGAUUUUUUCUUCUUUGUAAGCUGUGCAUGCAUUGGUUAUACUUAAGUGAAAUGUAGUUACUAUAUAAUAAGUAGUAUAGUAUUAUAUAGUAUAAUAAGUAGUUUUAAAAAUUCAUGCAAUUAGAUUUGUAUACAAAUUUUAAUGGAAAAAUAUAUUUUUUAUUUACACAACA